ACUUUUUAGAGAUCAAUGAGAUAGUGCAGAUACACACAAAUCUAGACUCCAGGAGAUGAUGCGACAUUCAGAUUGAAAAGAUUUGGAAGGAAUCAAAAAAAUGAAAUCUGUUAAUUGAAUCAGAAUUUUAAGGCCAAGGUAAUGCAAGUAAAUAUUUCUGUGUUCGUGUCUGUGUUUUCAAGUGGUGCUGUUGAGCAUGCAUGCAAGAGUUUAAAGAUAUAGAAAAAGUAAAGCCUGUAUUUUAUCAAUGCUAUUAUUUGAUACUGCUUCUGUUUCACUGUGUUUUAAAUGUUAAUAUACUUUCACCAAUUAUGUAAUACUGUCAAAAUGGCAUGGAUAAUACUGAGAAUUGAUAUUUCGAUGGUGGGCUUAGUUUAGCUUAGUUUUUUAAAAUUGGAAAACCUGCCUCUGAGUCAAGGUUUCUUCCAUAAUUGUUUGUAAAUUUGUAAAUGUGUGUUUAUCCAUUAGAGAAACCUGAAAGGCUCUUUAAAAAGUGACCUCAGGGGCAGAAAUAAAUGUAAUGAGGAGCAAAUGAUUUUUCUCCCCCCUUUUUUCAUUCCGGAUUCAGAACACACGUGCACAAUUUCAGUAAGAAUCCUGAAACCAUUCCUGUCAAAUAUUAGCUGGAGGGAAACGUCUGUUCCUUGAAGAACACAGAUGCCACAGUAAAGUGUGAAAAGGCUUAGGUAACAUAAAAUUAUAACAUCAUGUUAACGUUACCGUUUGAUGAAUCUGUUGUAAUGCAAGAUUCCCAGAUCUGCAGAAACCUUUCAAGAGAAAAUGAGGACCAAACGCAAAUUAAAAAGCCAGAAAUCUUUGUAAAACAGAUUAUGCACCAAGGAACAAGUUUUAAAAGAUCUCCAGCAGAAGACACAGAAAAAGAGGAAGUAGAAGAUGACCGAGAGGAAGAGGAUGAAAAUGGUUUGCCCAGGAGGAGAACUCUUCGGAAAAAAAAAAUGACCAAGAUGAGAAUGGAUAGGGUCAAAUUUAGGCGUCAGGAGGCGAAUGCCAGGGAAAGAAAUAGAAUGCACGGCCUGAAUGAUGCACUGGAUAAUUUAAGGAAAGUGGUCCCUUGUUAUUCCAAAACACAAAAGCUGUCUAAAAUUGAAACUUUAAGGCUGGCAAAAAAUUACAUAUGGGCUCUUUCAGAAAUCUUACGAAUUGGCAAGAGGCCUGAUCUGCUGUCAUUUGUCCAAAACUUAUGCAAAGGUCUCUCCCAGCCAACAACAAACUUGGUGGCAGGAUGUCUACAGCUGAAUGCCAGAAGUUUCUUAAUGGGUCAGACAGGAGAAACGGCCCAUCACACCAGAUCUCCCUAUUCUACUUUCUACCCACCCUAUCAUAGCCCAGAGCUGAACACUCCCCCAGGUCAUGGAACGCUUGACAGUUCCAAGUCCAUGAAACCCUACAAUUAUUGCAGCCCGUAUGAAUCCUUCUAUGAAAGCACGUCUCCUGAGUGUUCCAGCCCACAGUUUGAAGGUCCCUUAAGUCCUCCCCCAAUUAACUAUAAUGGGAUAUUCUCCCUCAAGCAAGAAGAAGGUUUGGACUAUAGUAAAAACUACAAUUAUGGCAUGCAUUAUUGUGCAGUGCCACCCAGGGCUCCCCUUGGGCAGAGUUCUGUAUUCCGGUUGCCUACAGAGAGUCACUUCCCUUACGACCUACAUCUGCGCAGCCAGUCACUCACCAUGCAAGAUGAAUUAAAUGCAGUUUUUCAUAAUUAAUGAGGAAAGUGAAAAUAAACAGUGGUCAUUCACCUCUCUGUCUAAUUAAGAUAAAGCAGAUGCUUGUGCCCUGGUUAAUUGAUGCAACUCUAUUAAAAAUCUGUUUGCUAGGUUCAAAAGUGUGUCAACUGUUGUGGGCCUUUUUUAUUUCUAUGUAGAAUCAAUAAUAAUAGAUAAUAAGAAGAAUUUUACUGAUUUAUAUUUAAUCCAAUUUGGAUCCUGGUAAGCACUGUGAAAUUUUGUCUUCACUGUUUUUUUAAUAAUAAUUUUCUUUCUUUUCCACCACAGUUGCUUGAUUUUGUCAGGCAGUGUGUUGGAAUAAAAAUGGUUGAGCUAAUCAAAGUUACAUCGUAGAAAGUCUGCAACUGUAUUUCAAUUGUACAGUCAUUAUAUGAAUGCAUGCUGCUCAGAUCUGAUGAGUUUAAAAUGAUGUAUUUAUAAAAUUAGAAAUGAUAUAUUAUGCAUUGGGGAAGAAGUAAAUUUUUAUUUUAAAUUUUGGGAGGUUUUUGUUUAAGGAAAACUGUUGCAAGCAUCAUGAGGAGACAUGGUGCAGCAAUAUUUUAAGCUAUGCAAAAAAAAUCUAAGCAAAGUGCAUCUAAAUAAAAUAAGGGUAGUCACUAUUUUUCAGUUGAAAUCUGAAGGAAUUGCUAGUAGGAGCUACUUAUAAUUCUUGGUUUUUUAGUUUUGCAUCCAUUUUAGUAUAAAAUUCACAUAGCACUUAUUUUGUAUUAUUCCGCCUUCACUUGUAGAGUUUGUAUAAUGGCAUUUUACUUUAUUUUCUCUAAAUGCAAUUAAAAUCUAAAUGUUUUUGAUCAUGAUAUCAGUUAUGACAUACUAAAAUCAUAUGGUCACA